AAUACAAAACUCACAUUUACCGGACAAGACGUACCAUGAAACUUAUCAGUGCUGUGAUACUUUGCGCCUUUUUGGUGGCAGUUUCGGCCGCUGAAAACAAAUACACCAACAAAUACGACAACGUAGAUGUUGAUAAAAUUCUCAACAAUGACAGAGUUUUGACCAAUUACAUCAAGUGUUUGAUGGACGAAGGGCCCUGCACCUCUGAAGGAAGAGAACUGAAAAAAACUUUACCCGAUGCGUUGUCCAGCGGUUGUACAAAAUGCAAUCAAAAACAAAAAGAAACAGCAGAGAAAGUGAUUAGACAUUUAACUCAGAAGAGAGCCAGAGAUUGGGAACGUCUUUCAAAGAAAUACGAUCCACAGGGUCAGUACAAGAAACGAUACGAAGAACACGUAGCUACAUCACGGGCUGCCUAGUUUCACCACCUUCACUCCUUCAUUUUUCAGUUUCAUUCUAUUGUGUUCUAUCGAUUUCACCCUUGUCAUUUUUAUUCAUUUGUUUGUUCGAUACUUUGUACGAAAUAAAACAUUAUUUUUAAUACAAA